AUGCAUCAAGGACACAAUUAUGAGACGCAUCUAAAAUAUACAAACCAAAAAAGAUUCUCUUUACGAGAUGGAGGUAAACUGGAAAUUGAAGAUCAUUCAUCAGAUGCUGGAAACAAAGAAGAUAACCAUUACAAGAAAAGAUUAUCGCCAAUACGGUACAAACUACGAAGCUUGCUUCUUCCAGUGAUCAGAUACGAGACUGAAAUUUUAUACAAAUUGCAAACAUGUUUAAGAAACCCGUUUUUUGAUUUUUAUUUUGCAUGGACCGCAAAUUUAGCUAGCCAUACGUUUUAUGUGCUUAUGUUACCACCGCCAAUAUGGUUUGGCGCCAGUGAUCUUUCAAGAGACUUGGUUUAUGUACUAGGCUUGGGCAUUUAUAUUACUGGAUUUUUAAAGGAUUAUUUUUGUUUGCCGCGACCACGAUCGCCCCCCUUGCAUAGAAUUACAAUGUCAAGCUAUACAACCCAAGAAUAUGGAUUUCCAUCAUCGCAUUCGGCAAAUGCUACUGCCGUUACUCUAGUGGUUUUUAAAUCGCUCCUUACACACAGAGCCAACUUUGCAAGUAGUACAUUCUAUGCCUUGAUAUAUGGGUUGAUUUUGUACUAUUGCUCGUUGAUUUUUGGACGGCUAUAUUGCGGCAUGCAUGGCUUUUUCGAUAUCUUGGUUGGCUCCUCUGUAGGAGCGUUGUUGUUUUUGUUCAGAUUAUACUGGGGUAAGCAAUGGGACCAAUUUCUCUUUAGUCAUGGAAUUAUUAUAGGAAUCAUGUUGAUAAUUGGUAUAUUUGUAUCCUUAAUUCAUUUCCACGCAGAACCAGUUGAUGAUUGUCCCUGUUUUGACGAUUCUGUUGCAUUUAUUGGUGUUUUGAUUGGGUUGGAUUUGAGUCACCUUAUUGCUUAUGAAACAAAGGUAUUUUACAACUUGAAUGAUAUAGGCGACAUGUUCUUGAUCCCCUUUGAUGCAAAAAGGGGCCCCUUAAACAUAAUCUGCAGGUUUGUGGCUGGUGUUGUACUAGUUGUUGCUUGGAAAAGUUUAUCAAAGCCAAUGAUAUUUACAAUAUUGCCACCAGUCUAUAAAUUUAUUGGGAUUUAUCUACCUAGACGUAAUUUUAUUGCUACAGCACACACAAGCCAACUGACUAGACAUAUCAGAAGCGCGUCCAUCUCCAAUGACGUGUCCCAAAUAGGUGAUUUGAGUAACUUCAUAAAGGGAGUCACUGAUCACAAGACGUUGGAUUUAGACAAUUAUGGACCCAAUAGUGAAAUUGAUUAUUAUGAGAUGAUCGACUACAGCAAGCAGUAUAAUGAUACAAGUAUUGAUGUUGAGAAAUUAAAGUUCAAAAGCGGAGUAUUCAAGUAUAGAUAUGAUGUGGAAAUAGUUGGUAGACUAUUCGUUUACGCUGGUAUUGCUGCAUCAGCUAUCUGGGCAUUUUACUUUGUAUCUAGCAUACUUAACCUAUAA